UGAGAUGGAGCGACUCCUCUCCGGCGAGCGGUUAGUGCACGAUCAUGCGUUUAGCCGCUCCGUGAGUGGGAUGAUGUGCAAGUCCGCGGCAUAAAAGUGCGGACUGGUGUGGCGCGCUGUGUUGAGCGUGGAAUUAAAAGGAAGAAAAAAACCCGCCAAAGCACUGUGGUAUCACCUCAGUUGUGAGCGGACAGCAGUCACUACCGCGCUCUGUAUCUGCAGCCGUGGAGCUCCCCACCGCUGUAAUAUUUAUGACUAAACGGAGGCACAUUAUUCUGGUCACGUUUUAGGCUGACAGCCGGCUGUCCUGGAGAGCGCCGGAGUGAACCGAGGUCCAGUGCUGUAGAAAGCGCAGCGCACCGACACCUGCAGUAGGAUGUAAAGGGAAUUCCCACUGACCAAACUGAUCCAACCAAAGAUCCUGUCAUCACCUUCAUUGCUGUCUCAUUUGAGCCAGAGGAAAAGGAAACAUAGAACAUGAUCUGGUGUGGAGGCCACUGUUGCUAUGUGUGACGAACUGCUGUGGUGUCAAUGGAAACCGAAGGCUAUCGUGACCUCCUGGAGACCAGCGAUGGUCAGGGGGUAGGCCUGCUAGAUGGAGGGAGAGAGGUGGGUGAAGAGGAGGGCUGGAGCACACCCUACCCUCUCGGCUUUCAGGUGUCUUUGACCACUGUGCUGAUGCUGGAGCUCGUGCUGGGCUUCAGCAGCAACCUGACCGUGCUUGUGCUCUACUGUGCUCAGUCUAACCUCGUGGAUUCCGUCAGUAACCUGGUCACUGUCAACCUCCAUGUGCUCGACAUACUGGUCUGCUUGCUGUGUCUGCCUCUGACUGUGGCUGUGAUCCUUCUACCAGCCAGUGAAAGUGGGGUUGGAAGCCUGGCCACGCUUUGCUGCUUUCACGAGGCCUGCGUCACAUUCACCAGUGUGGCCACAGCGGUCAACGUGUUAGUGAUCAGUUUGGACCGAUACGACAUCUCAGUGCGUCCGGCCAGUCGCCUGCUGACACCCAGGCGUGCUGCACUGCUCCUGGCAGCUGUGUGGGCCGUGUCUCUGGCUGUUUUCUUCCUGCCCUUCCUUGAGGGAGACUUCUUCUCUUCAAGUGCUGAGGAUGCUGAGGACGAUGAGCCAGAAAGGCAGGGCAAUGACUCUGAGCUCACCACUGGGCUGACCACCAUUUUUUCCUCCCUCUCUCCUUCCUUAUUACCCUCUACUCCCCCUUCAUACCCUUCACACCAUCUGCCUCCAUUAUGGCAGAACAGGACACUGCUGUGUGUUGGAGGACAGGGGUAUUACACAGGCAUGGCUAUGUAUUACCAUUUGUUACUCCAAGUGCCCUGCUUCUUCAUAGCUGUGGCAGUCAUGUUGUUCACAUACUCCAGGAUCCUCCAAGCCCUCAACAUCCGCAUCGGCUCUCACAUGAUGAGGAAUACACGUUCAAAGGACUCCACCUGCCGCAUACGCUGUAGGAGGCGGAGGAGGAAGGACCUCAACUUAUCAACAGAGGUAGUGUCCCCCAACCAGAACCAGAACCUCUCCCACCCUCCCCUCAUCCCCUCUCCCACCCCUACACCAACGUCACCGCCACCACUUUCUUCCAUGCCCCAAGGGAUGUCUGACAGCGGAGCGACAGUCACCACUGUCAGUACCGCUGCCACCACUCCCAUCGCAACCACACCAGCAACCCCUGUCUCUCCAACCCUAGCUUCAACAUCAGCCCAGGCCCACUCCACUACACCUCUGCCUGCCUCCUCCAUGGGUGUCCAGGCUUCGGUUUCUGCCAUCAUCGCCUUGCGUCGGGCGGUGCGCAGGCACAGAGACCGAAGGGAACGUCAACGCCGUGUCCUAAAAAUGUCCCUAAUAAUCAUAUCCACCUUUCUGGGCUGCUGGGCCCCUCUGUCCGCAGUCAAUGUCCUGAUCCUGUGCAUGGGUCCCAGUGACAACCUGGUACGGAUCCGUCUGUGCUUCCUGGCGAUGGCUUAUGGAACCACCAUUUUUCAUCCUCUGCUCUACGCUUUCACCAGGCAGAAACUGCGCCGUGCCCUAAAGACACGUGUUAAGAAAAGGGUUGUGUCACUUCUGCAGGUAGACCCAGCUCCCAGUGGGGGGACAGUUAUCCAUAACUCCUGGGUGGAGGGGGGAGGCCAGAGAAAGAGCCGUAAGCCGCGGGUUGAGGCCAGUGAUGGCACCGAUCGAUGCCUCACAGAUGCAGUAAGGGAAUGAGGCUGGUCUUCAGAGCGUGCUUGCAUGAGCGAGUGUGUGUGUGAAUCUGAAGAAUUGUGUGUAUCUUAAGAUGGAAAUAGAUGGUGAGAAUAGGUGUGCAUAUAAUCAGGUGUGAGGCAAAUGAGAACCAGUUUAUAAAGGUCAAUCCCACGACUGCUGGUUCCAUUCAGAUGUGGAGUGAGGUGUAAUUAAGUCUUGCUCUCUGCUCUGCUUACACAGGCCAGGGUGGUGCGUGCAAGCAUUAUGACAACACUAUAGACACAACUACUGAAAAUACUAGUGCUCUCAUCUUAUUGCAUAAGGGAUAGAUAACCACUAAUGAAUACAAUACAUACAGUACAUGCAUACAGUAUUGCUACUGCGUGCACUUCAAACUUGCAUGUGCAUGUACAUAUGCACAGACAGACACACACAGCACACUGAUCUGUAUUUAGUCAUAAUCUGUGAAAGCACACCAAUAUCUACCUGCACAGAUAUUCUCAGUGAGACAAAUAUUAAUGGAAGUCUGCGUUUCUUCUUUUGUUCCCCUUAUUUUCUCAUGCCUUAAUUGAGUUCUAAGUAUAUUCUCAUGGUGCUGAAUGUCCUGCUGUAUGUUUACAACGAUGUAUCAACGUAGAGCGUAACUGUUUGCACAUACUAUACUCGGUAUAGCAAAUUAAAGGCAGAAAAAUGCAAGUGUUCAGAUUCAAAGUUUACAGACUCACAUAAACGUACCAGAAAACUGCAAAAAAAAAAAAAAGAUUCAGAUUUGAUUUUCAGUAAGCACCAUGUUGUAGAAGAAUGUGUGUGCAUUAAACUAAAAGGCAUGAGUUUUUUUUUAUUAUUGGUCUUAUUUAUUAUUAUUAUUAUGGGAAUAGUUGUUACAAAUGUAUUUGUGCAUUUGCACCUGCAUUUGUAUGCAUGUGUGUGUGUGCGUGCGUGCGUGUGUGUGUGUAUACAACCAAUGUGUGAUUGCGUUGAUGACCAAACGUGUGUGUCCAUGAAUAUGUGCAAUAAACCGUGAGCAAAGCAAUGACCCCCUAGGUUGAGAACUAAUAGAAUGUGAACACAAAAUUGUUGGUUUUCUGUUUAUGGUUUAGAUUUUGGGGGGAAAGAAAGGACAAGGGACUUCAUGUUCUAACUAACAACAGGAGGCUGCUGGACGUAACAUAAAAGCAAAUUAUAUGGAGCAAUUGUAUCUAGGUGUAUAUGACAGGCCAUUGUAAUACUACUGAAAUCGUAUCACUUCAGUUUUAAAGUGGGAAUUAAAGGGCAAUAUUUUGUGAAAACUUUAUUUACAUUUUUUUUCUCAAGUCACUGCAGGUUAACAAGUAUCAUAAAGUUGAGAAAUGGAAAAACACCAUGGGACAUCUCCUUGUGUUAUCCGCUUGUUGCUCUGGAUGGCAGAGUCACUGCUUUUGGACAUUACUUUGAACGGCUGCAGAGACUGUCAGCUUCUGGAUCGAGUCCCGGACAUGUUAAAAUAUCUCUCUCUCCUCAGGGCUUCGUCUCUCUUUUCAAAACUUGCUGGACAAAACUACAAUAAGCCAGCCCUCAGUCAGCAGAUGUAUAAUGGGUGUUACAUUAGGUAAAGAUUUAUGUCACUAAGUAGAGUACACUUUUAACUUUGUAUGGACUUGGAGUCUCCUUGAGCUAUGGGCUAUCUCUUCUUUCAUCCUCACCCCUUUUACACUAUUUGUGAGCCAGACAGAAGACAAUAACUCUUGUGUAUUCAUGUACAUUUUUCAGGGAUGUAAAUACUUAAGUGUCUGAUUUGGGUUUUAGUCUGAAAAACCUUUUUCUUUGGCCACAAUCAUCUGCCGGACAGAAAAUCAGCCAUUGUGAUAAACUCUUAACGAGUUGGAAGGUUACUGUAAAGAGAAGAUACAUGUAAGUGAUUUGUGUUAAUACUGUAUGUGUGUACACUGUAUUGUACAUUUAUGACGUGUAUAGAGAAAUAUUAGUAUUGUACCAGAUUUAUAUUGAGUGUUAUUGAAUAGACAGACUCUGUAUUAAAAAAACUCAUCUAA